UCUAAACCCGCUCGCCCCGGUGGACUUAGAGGAAUGACUUGCCUGGAACAGCUGAUCUUAUCUCCCCACGCUCAGACCAGUUUAAAAUGAAAGUCUGGACUGAAGGAGUCAUCUUCGACAGUGUCUAUGCAGGCUUCACACUCUCUUUGUGUCAAGUGCCACGACGUUGGAAUUGUAUGAAACUGGACUAAUCCUGUUUUCCGUACGCUGAUCCACCGCCACUCUCGACAUCAAUGGACCCCCCACUGCAAAUACCCGGUUUUCCAAGCUUCUCAAACCUACUCAAUAGUCAUCGCUUUGCUUUGUUCAGUAUGAUAAUUGCAACGGCACAUUGUUUCUAUCUUCGCGCUUGGGCUGAUUUUGACAGGUUAGUACGUGAGCGGAUAGCGCAUUUCCCAAUUUGGCGGGCAGUCUCGAGGGCCAUAGCGCACCAUUAUCUGUUUUAUAUCCUGCGCUCGCAGCGAUGCAGACCAGUUCUCAACGAACCUCACAUCCUCCAGCUAUCCAUUCGUUCCAUCCCAGAUGACCCUCCUCGUCAACCGUUUCCCACUCCCGAACGGCACGUUCGUAGACUCCAUCAGCACCUUCGAGCAGCUGUUAGUCCGGUACAUGAGUGCAUUACGCCGCAGAGAACAGGAUGCCCGGUCGGGCAUGACUUCAAGCCAACUUCCAUCCGACUUUCCGGUCACGCAGAGCAAAUUUCUUGCACGUAUCGACAAUUCGCCCGGCUUUUCGUUCUUCGCCAGCAUCAAAUACCACGUGUACAACCGCGAGCAGUGUUCUGGGUGGACACUCUACGUCCAAUGGGAAGAGCGAAACGCCGAGCGGCCAACCGCCGUCGCGUCAUUCCGCGUUCCCAACACCAUCGUCGGGGAUAUCUACCGCUCCGUGCAGAUCACCACCGACCUCGUGCUCGAGGCGCUCAUUUCCUCGCUGUACAAUGCGGCCCCCGUCGCGCUUGUCGUGACCAUCGGUCCAGUAUACCACGAACCAGGGAACUCGGGCUGGCUGGCGCGCUAUGUUGAGUCGGUAGUGCUCCAGGUCGACGCCAACAGCGAUCCCAAUGGCGCGCAGGCCGUCCGGACUGUGGAACAGCGAGUGAUGUGCCCGUGUCUCGGAGCCAUGCAAGGAUGUCGGGCAUGGGUCCCCACGAGCGCGCGGCCUGCUCUGUGCAAAGACCACCUGGGAAUGCGAUUCGUGUAAAUGUGGGGAUGAAACAACUCGCACCCUUGUACUUGUAUCCACUGGAUGUACAACAUAUUCAAUUUGAUAACAAGAGCACUUUAA